GGCAUAGAGAGGAAUCCCCUCUGAAGGCAGAAGGAGGAGGAAAGGACAGUCGCAUUCAUAAUGUCAAUAACGUUUCACCACUCAGCGCCUCGCGGUUUAGUCCCUGUAACACCUGCACUCGUGCCCAACUUAGAGCAGGCGUAGCGCAUUGGAAACGGUUGCUGACUUGAAUUAAAUCUGUUGUUUGCAGUUGUCUGGACUUGGAACAGUGUUCUCUGAAGGUCUUGGAGCCUGAAGGAAGCCCAAGCCUGUGUUUGCUGAAGCUAAUGGGUGAGAAAGGGUGUACGGUCACGGAAUUGAGUGACUUCCUGCAGGCAAUGGAGCACACUGAAGUUCUUCCGCUUCUCAGCCCUCCAGGCAUAAAGAUCACUGUAAACCCAGAAUCGAAGGCAGUCUUGGCGGGCCAGUUCGUGAAACUGUGUUGCCGGGCAACUGGCCACCCCUUUGUGCAAUAUCAGUGGUUCAAAAUGAAUAAAGAGAUUCCAAACGGAAACGCAUCAGAGCUUAUUUUUAACACCGUGCACGUCAAAGAUGCAGGCUUUUAUGUCUGCCGAGUUAAUAACAAUUUCACCUUCGAAUUCAGCCAGUGGUCACAACUGGAUGUUUGUGAUGUCACGGAAGUAACAGGAAACUUCCAGGGAAGCUUGGAUGGCAUCUCUGAAUCCAGGUUGCAAAUCUGCGUUGAGCCGAGGUCCCAAAAGCUGAUGCCGGGCAGCACGUUGGUCCUGCAGUGCGUUGCUGUCGGAAGCCCACUUCCUCACUACCAGUGGUUCAAAAAUGAAUCCCCGUUAAUACACGAGACAAAAAAGCUAUACAUGGUGCCCUACGUGGACCCGGAGCACCAGGGGACCUACUGGUGUCACGUGUACAAUGACCGGGCCAGCCAGGACAGCAGGAGGGUGGAGGUCCUCGUAGGAAGAACAGAUGAGGCAGUGGAGUGCACUGAAGAAGAAUUAAAUAAUCUUGGACAUCCUGACGAUAAAGAGCAAACAGAUGAUCAGCCUUUGGCAAAGGACAAGGUUGCUCUUUUGAUAGGAAAUAUGAAUUACUGGGAACACCCCAAGCUCAAAGCUCCUUUGGUAGACGUGUACGAGUUGACCAACUUGUUACGACAACUAGACUUCAAAGUUGUGUCACUGUUGGAUCUUACGGAGUAUGAGAUGCGAAAUGCUGUGGAUGAAUUUUUACUCCUUUUGGACAAAGGAGUUUACGGAUUAUUAUAUUAUGCAGGACACGGUUACGAAAACUUUGGGAACAGCUUUAUGGUCCCUGUUGAUGCUCCAAAUCCAUAUAGGUCUGAAAACUGUCUGUGUGUACAAAACAUACUGAAAUUGAUGCAAGAAAAAGAAACUGGACUCAACGUGUUUUUGCUGGACAUGUGUAGGAAACGAAAUGACUACGAUGACACCAUCCCGAUCUUGGACGCACUAAAAGUCACGGCCAACAUCGUGUUUGGCUAUGCCACGUGUCAAGGAGCAGAAGCUUUUGAAAUCCAGCAUUCUGGGCUGGCAAAUGGAAUUUUCAUGAAAUUUUUAAAAGAUAGAUUAUUAGAAGACAAAAAAAUUACUGUGUUACUGGACGAAGUUGCAGAAGACAUGGGCAAGUGUCACCUCACCAAAGGCAAGCAGGCGCUAGAGAUUCGGAGCAGCUUGUCGGAAAAGAGAGCACUUACCGACCCAAUACAGGGGACGGCGUGCUCUGCCGAGUCUCUGGUGCGGAAUCUCCAGUGGGCCAAGGCGCACGAACUCCCAGAAAGCAUGUGUCUUAAAUUUCAGUGCGGUGUCCAGAUUCAGUUAGGGUUCGCCGCGGAGUUCUCCAACGUCAUGAUCAUCUACACGAGCAUCAUCCACAAGCCGCCCGACGUGGUGAUGUGCGAUGCCUAUGUCACGGACUUUCCUCUUGACUUAGAUAUUGAUCCGAAGGCUGCAAACAAAGGGACGCCCGAGGAAACCGGCAGCUACUUGGUGUCAAAGGACCUCCCCAAGCAGUGCCUCUAUACUCGGCUCAGCUCACUGCAGAAGUUAAAGGAGCACCUGGUCUUCACAGUGUGUGUGUCCUACCAGUACUCGGGGCUGGAGGACACGGUGGAGGAGAAGCAGGAAGUGAACGUCGGGAAACCCCUCAUCGCCAAACUGGACAUCCACCGGGGUCUGGGACGGAAGACCUGCUUCCAGACGUGUGUCAUGUGUAACGGCCCCUACCAGGGCCCCGCCCCCGCCGCGGGCGCCGGCCGCUACCACUCGUCCCCGGACUGCUUCCACGCUGUCUACCGCUCGCACCUCGGCAGCUCGAGCAGCGUUCUGCCCUCGGACAGCUGCCGCUGCAGCCGGACUGCGGACGCGUUUAUCUCAAGUCCCCACUCCCACCACGACUCGUGUCGCUUUGGGAGAAGUAACGUGCCAGUAGAGACAACGGACGAGGUCCCGUUCAGCUUCUCUGACGGGCUCCGGAUUUCGGACAAGUGACCUCCUUGUCUCUGACAGUGACCGUAAUUACCGCCUGCCUCCUAGGCCACGGUGCUGACAGAAGUGGGGUGUGAUGAAAAAGCAAACACGUGUUUGUAGAGAGAGAAGGCUAGCGGUGGCUAUUCGGUGGCAAACCCGAACCUUUGCGACGGUGGACUUCUGUUAUUAACCACAGGCUUCCUCUCACUCUUCUUUUAAGAUCUGGUGAAUUGGUUGACUCGUUCUAUAAGAACGAAAUUUGGAUGUGCUUAUAAUAGAAAUAUUUUCAUUUCGAGCACUCCGAAGUAACAACAGCAGAAAGAUGUUACUGUAGAAGAAGUCCUUGUAUUUUUAGAAUGAGGAAAAACAGCCGCGGUGGUCACCAGGCUUACCCUUGCUUUAUUUAUCAGCGGGAGAAACAGUGCAUCUGGUUUAAGCCAGAGCUGUCCCCACAACUGAGAUCUCCAGAUCUCAUCCCACUAUGCACUGCCGUCCCGACCGCUUCUGAGACCGCUGUUAUUUUGUAGAUAGAUUUACAGACGAUAUGUAAAUAUGCGUGUCUGUAUAUAAUCUAGUCGUGUACAAACUUUACUUUGUGGUUACAGGGCUUUACUACAAAUGUCUGCUAACAGGUUUGUAUCUAACUGUGACGCGGAGCAAGCUGACACUUCUUGUUCCUCAGGUCACGGAAGCACUGAGAGGUGAUGAAAUGUUAGAGCAAGACAGCAGGGCACUUCUGCCGCUGGGUACCCUCGGCAGCUGCUUAGCUGAGUCUCACAGACACUGGAUGUGUUUCCUCGAGAACAUUGAUUUUCUUCGUAAAUUGUACUGGCCGUGAGAGAGCAUCUGAACCACCAUUGGUGCUACCUAAAGCAAGCUAAAAAGGCAACUGCCAAUAACAAAUAUACUGAAUUAGUAACUUUAAGACGUUCUGCAAAGAAAAUACCAAGCCCAGAUGGCAUCACUGUGGUUUUCUCCCAAACAUUUCAAGAAUUAGAAGCAAUCCAUUGCAAACUCUCCCCAAAAAUGGAAUAGAGAACACUUCCCAAGUCAUCUUACGAGGCCUGUAUUACCCUGAUAUCAAACCAGUGAAGAGAUCACAAGAAAACUUCAGAUCAGUAUCUGUUAUGAAUAUAGACUCAAAAGUCAUCAACCAAAUACUAGUAAACUGAAUCUAGCAACAUGGAAAAAGGGAUUUUGCACCAUGACUCAGUAAGAUUUAUCCCAGGAAUACAAGGUUGGUUUAGCAUCCAGAAAUCAAUGUCAUAUACAAAUGCUUCUCAUUAGUCACAGUAUUCACCUUAUUCACAUUCUAUAAUGUCACUGUGAAUACUGAAUUAGUGACUACAGAGCCAUUGCUCCUCAGGGGUGUGUGUGUGUAUGUGUGUGUAUGUAUGUGUACGUGUACAUAUCUCAAAUAGAUAUAGUCUUGAAUCCUGGAAAUAAUUUAUCCUGGUAUAUAUUGUUUUAUUUUCAAAAGAGAAAAUGAAGUUUAGAAAUACUAAGUGACUACCCUGGAGCCAGCCCACUAGUACUUGCCAAAGUUGGGGUUCGUGCCCAUUCAGCUAGCCCCAGAGCCACUGGUUGCACAGCCCUGCCCUCCCUCCGGCCCCUCAUCUUCAGGUCACGUCUGUGGGGGAGCUGGAACAGGAAGGCAAAGCACUGCCUUGUUCAGCUCCGCCGAGAACACGUGCAUCAGGAAACUAUAAAUUUUCAUGUGUCUGCAUACGCCUGGGAAUGAUCAUAAAAGUGCUAACAGUUUUGAUUUGGGGAUUACAAACGAAUUUUAGAAAUAAAUUGGUAAAUUCAUAAAUACAGAAUCGUAAGUAAUGAGGAUCAACGCUACCAUGUUCACAAAGGACUAAGUGACCACAGUGACUUGUCUUAGUGGUUGCAGGGAGAACAUUUGGUAGAAUUCAGCACCCUUUCCUGAUACAAAUAGUCCACAAACUAGGAAUAAAAGGGAAAUUUCUCAGCAUGAUAAAGAACAUCUACAAACACCCCACACCUAACAUCAUUAAUGGCAACAGACUAAAUGCUGAAUGUUCACUCCCCAAAGUCACGAAUAAGACCAGGAUGGUCAUGCUCAUCCCUUCUGUUCAACAUUGUACUUGAGUUUAUAGCCAAGGCAGUUAGUCAAGAAAAAGAAAUCAAAGUCAGCCAUAUUGGAAAAGAAGUAAAACUAUAUAGUCCCAGAUGUCAUAAAUGUGUUUUGUAUAAAAUUCUAAGAAAUUCAUUUAAAAACUAAAUGGUUCACCAGACUUCAGGAUAGGCACAAGAUCAACAUGCCCAGAUCAAGUUUAUUUCUGUAUCAGCAGUGAAUGUUUUGAAAUUGAGGUUUUCUUAAAUUGUAUUUACAAUAGCAUCAAGAUGAAUAAAAGCUACACAACAUUGUUGAAGGAAAUUAAAGAAGGCCUAAAUAAAUGGAAAUACAUUUUUGUUCAUGGAUUGGAGGACUUUACAUUGUUAAGGAAAAAAUGCUCCCCAAAUUGCUCCACAGAGUCCGUGCAAUUCCCAUGAAAACCCCUGCUGGCUCAUUUGCAGAAAUUGACAAGCUGAUAAAAUUCAUACAGAAAAUUACAGAAGCAAAAACAAUCUUGAAAAAGAAUAAAGUUGGAAGACUCACACUUAACCAAUUUGAAAACCUACUUCAAAGCUACAGUAACCAAGACAGUGUGGUACUGGCCUAAGGAUAAACAUGGUUAUGGGAACAUAAAGUAUAACAGGAUCCAGAAAUGAGCCAGUAACGUUUAUGAACAAUUGCUUUUUGGCAAGUGUGCCGGUAACAUUCAGUAAAGAAAAGGCAUCUUUUCAGCAAAAAGUGCUAGGGACAACUGUACCACAAAGUGCUGGAGGCCCCCCAUCUCAUAUACCUAAAUGGGUCAUAUACCUAAACAUGAAUGGAUCGUAUACCUAAACCGUAAAAUUGACAAAACACACAAGUCAAUCUUCGGUCUUUUACAUCCAGCACCAAAUGCACAAGCAAUAAGGGAAAAAGAUCAGGACGUCCUCAAAACGAAGUUUUAGGUUUUAAAUGACACCAUCAAGUAAAAAGGCAACCCAAUUUUUGAAAAUUGCAUCUGAUAAGGUACUUGUACCUAGAAUAUAUCAAGAACUUCUGUAAGAAUAAGCCACUGAUGAUACGUACCUGGCAGGAGAAAUACCAUGAUCACGAAGGUGGUUUUCCCAGGGCGAGGCUCAUCCAUUGCACUCCAGAUGUGCUGACCCCUGCGAUUUCCCCAAAUGUGGGAAAUUCGACUGCAUAAUUUGUGGUAGUGGGCGACUGCGUUCGUGCUUUCCCCUGAAAAAAAAAAAAAAGAAUAAGCCAUUGAUGUACUAGUGCUUCAUGAGGGUCACUGUGGAGCAGGAGCCACAAGUCGCCCGGCGGGCUCUCUGUGAUGACGGAAGCGGUCCGUGUGCCCUCCUGACGAGGGAGCUUCCGCCCCGUGUGCUCCGUGAGCAACCAAGAUACAGCGAGAGGCUUCCGUCUUCAACUGUGCAGGUGUUCUGUAUAUGUGAAUGUUUUCAAGCAUGUAUUUAUACUUUUAAAACAUUUUUUAAAAUAACAAA